CGACCCCGACUCCGCGACGCCCUCGACAAUCUGCUCGCCGCCGGAAGCGAUGAGCAGGCGACAAUCGCGCGUAUCUAUUGACACCAGGCAGAAUGACACACUCCUGGAGUUCGAGAACUUCAAGAAGAAGUUUCUCCUCGCAAACAAGCAUAUUACAAAGUUGAACUCCACGCUGAGCGCACGGAUUGAAGAACUCAAUGCUCAGAUAUCUACACUCUAUGUCGAGAACCUCCGUCUGCGGGCCUCCGAGAUCGCCCUCUGCUCUCAACUGAAGAAGGAGAAGGAGAAAUCACGAAAGAUCUUGUCAGAUACGGAAACUGCGACACAUACUCUCAUGAAGCAACUUGGCCUCAUACGCAAAUCAUGGGGAGUCUCACACUCACGCUCCUCCACCCCGGAAACCAACCCACCACUUCCCCGCGCACGCCGACCGAUCCCGGACCCGAAUGUCUCCCCACCACCCAACCGACUCGCCAAAGCCCCAACGUUCCCUGGUAUCAUCGAAGAUGACGAGGGCAACGCCUCCUCUCCUGAAGAUCCCGAACCUGACGCGGAGAUCGAUUCAAGUCCUCCUAUACCGCGGAAGCGCAAGUCGAAACCUAGGACAUCGAGCUCCAGUUCGAGCCGACUACCGAUCCCCUCGCUCAAGGCGGCCUCCCCUCCAACCGUAGAAACAGUACACAUCGAGUUCGAGGAAGCAUUGGGCAAGAGCGGCAAGCGGAGACCCACGCGGAGGCAGAGUGGUUUGCUUACCAGCGUGUCUAUCACGGCAGUCACUACAGACAGUCUGGACCCACCACAUAGCCCCGUCCCCGAAUCGCCUCCACGCGACGCGUUUGACGAGGAGGAUGCUGCAGGGGAGCCUGACGAGGACGAGGUAGAGGCAAUCUUGCAGGCAGUCACGAAACGACGAGAGAAGAGGGAGAAAGAUAGCGAGCGAGGACGUGAAUUGGACACCGAUUCCGCGGUGGAGAGCGUUCGACCACGCGAGCGGAGGAAGCCUCGAGCGGUCGAAGAUCCGGCGGAUGCCCCGGAAGGGAGCAAGUACAAGUUCAAGGAUGUGACAAAUGCGCAAGCGAGUCGCGCGGCUCUACCCGCUCUUGAUACCACAUCCAACCAUGACCGACGACGUACACCGGACGUCGACAUGCCUUCCUCAGCCACAUCCACAAGCGUCGCAAGCACCUCCACGCGCAACUUCCUCUCCACUCCUGCUACGACACCCGCGCCUUCUUCGAAACCCAUGUCUCACCUCCCUACGCCGCGAUCAUCAAGCCCUCUCGCGGAGCCACCGCAAACCGACUCGGAGGCUGCGGUUGGCGGCCGCGAACGCCGAGUGCGGAAGAGUGUCAACUACGCUGAGCCGAAGCUGAACACUAAGAUGCGUAAGCCGGACCCAGCACCUCCGCCCCCGGGCUCGAAGCGCAGUUCAGCCGCAUACGAGGACGCCCCGCCGAUUUCCUCCCGGUCUUCAUCGUCGCACUCUGGUGACGCAGACGCCGAGGCACCUGCACCAGGCACCAUACGGCGGAAGAAAUCCCGGGCGCAUGCUGCACCGGAGGACGAGGAGAGCGAAGGCGCACAGGCGGACGCAGAGUACGGCGGUCUCCGUACCGGGUCUUGGGCGAACGUGGACGGACGACGACGAAGCGUGCACGUAUCCAGCUCGCGCAGGCUAGAGGGCGAUGACGCCCGGCGUCACAGCAUGGCUGUAUAGGGCUGGGACCCUGGAUGCGACGCGCUGGUGAUCGUCGUGUUCGCGACGAGGUUACGAUUAUGGUGAUGACUUCUAUGAUACGCAUGAUGAUCCGCGAGACCUCCACUUGACUUAUGGCGUCUUGUUUCUAAUAUCCGGCCUUGACCUCGCACUAGCAGAACGCAAUAGCCACUGUAUUAUAUGUAUCAUACAAGUACCUUCACUCCACGUUCUAUCCUUCUGGGUAUGCUCUAUCACUGGUUAUUCGA